CGCGGCGUGCGUGCGCGCGCGCGCCGGCCGUGAGUGUGCGCUUUCGGGCGGCGGCGGCGGAGCUGCCCGGGCGGCCCAGGAUGAGCUACGACCGCGCCAUCACCGUCUUCUCGCCCGACGGCCACCUGUUCCAAGUGGAGUACGCGCAGGAGGCCGUCAAGAAGGGCUCGACCGCGGUUGGCGUGCGAGGCAGGGACAUUGUGGUCCUCGGUGUGGAGAAGAAGUCUGUGGCCAAACUGCAGGAUGAGAGGACCGUGCGGAAGAUCUGUGCGCUUGACGACAAUGUCUGCAUGGCCUUUGCAGGCCUCACCGCUGACGCACGCAUAGUCAUCAACCGGGCCCGGGUGGAGUGCCAGAGCCACCGGCUGACCGUGGAGGACCCGGUCACUGUGGAGUACAUCACUCGCUACAUCGCCAGCCUGAAGCAGCGCUACACCCAGAGCAAUGGCCGCAGGCCAUUUGGCAUCUCUGCCCUUAUCGUGGGUUUCGACUUCGAUGGCACCCCCAGACUCUAUCAGACGGACCCCUCGGGCACAUACCAUGCCUGGAAGGCCAACGCGAUUGGCCGGGGCGCCAAGUCCGUGCGCGAGUUCCUGGAGAAGAAUUACACCGACGAGGCCAUUGACACGGACGACCUGACCAUCAAGCUGGUGAUCAGGGCCCUCCUGGAGGUGGUACAGUCAGGUGGCAAGAACAUUGAGCUUGCUGUCAUGCGACGGGAUCAGCCACUCAAGAUUUUAAAUCCUGAAGAAAUCGAAAAAUACGUCGCUGAAAUUGAGAAAGAGAAAGAAGAAAGUGAAAAGAAGAAGCAGAAGAAGGCGUCGUGAUGAAGCGCCUUCCG